CUUCUCAUCUCUAGGAACCAUGUCUACCAAAACCACCAUCAGGAGUCAAACCAGCCACAGAGGCUUCAGUGCCAGCUCAGCCAGAGUGCCAGGGCUCAACCGUUCUGGCUUCAGCAGCGUGUCUGUGUGCCGCUCCCGGGGCAGCGGUGGAUCUGGGGCUGUGUGUGGUGGAGCUGGCUUUGGCAGCAGGAGCCUCUAUGGUGUGGGGAGCUCCAAGAGGAUCUCCAUCGGAGGGGGCAGCUGUGGCAUUGGAGGAGGCUAUGGCAGCCGAGUUGGAGGAGGCUUCGGCUUUGGAGGAGGAGCCGGCAGUGGAUUUGGAUUCGGUGGUGGAGCAGGCUUUGGUGGUGGCUAUGGGGGCGCUGGUUUCCCCGUGUGCCCCCCUGGAGGCAUCCAAGAGGUCACCGUUAACCAGAGCCUCCUCACCCCUCUGAACCUGCAAAUCGAUCCCACCAUCCAGCGUGUGAGGACUGAGGAGCGUGAGCAGAUCAAGACCCUCAACAACAAGUUUGCCUCCUUCAUCGACAAGGUGCGCUUCCUGGAGCAGCAGAACAAGCUGCUGGAGACCAAGUGGCAGUUCUACCAGAACCAGCGCUGCUGCGAGAGCAACCUGGAGCCUCUCUUUGGAGGCUACAUUGAGGCUCUGAGACGGGAGGCUGAGUGUGUGGAGGCUGACAGCGGGCGGCUGGCUGCUGAGCUCAACCAUGUGCAGGAGGCCAUGGAGGGCUACAAGAAGAAGUAUGAGGAGGAGGUGGCUCUGAGGGCUACAGCAGAGAAUGAGUUUGUGGUUCUAAAGAAGGAUGUGGACUGUGCCUACUUACGGAAAUCAGACCUGGAGGCCAAUGUGGAGGCCUUGGUGGAGGAGUCAAGCUUCCUGAAGCGCCUCUACGAAGAGGAGAUCCGUGUUCUGCAAGCCCACAUCUCAGACACCUCUGUCAUCGUCAAGAUGGACAACAGCCGGGACCUGAACAUGGACUGUGUCGUGGCUGAGAUCAAGGCUCAGUAUGAUGAUGUUGCCAGCCGUAGCCGGGCAGAGGCCGAGUCCUGGUACCGCACCAAGUGUGAGGAGAUGAAGGCCACAGUGAUCCGGCAUGGGGAGACCCUGCGCCGCACCAGAGAGGAGAUCAAUGAGCUGAAUCGCAUCAUCCAGAGGCUGACAGCUGAGAUUGAGAACGCCAAGUGCCAGCGUACUAAGCUGGAGGCCGCUGUGGCCGAGGCAGAGCAGCAGGGAGAAGCUGCCCUCACUGAUGCCCGCUGCAAGCUGGCUGAGCUGGAGGCUGCCCUACAGAAGGCCAAGCAGGACAUGGCCUGCCUGCUCAAGGAGUACCAGGAGGUGAUGAACUCCAAGCUGGGGCUGGACAUCGAGAUCGCCACCUACAGGCGCCUGCUGGAGGGCGAGGAGCACAGGCUGUGCGAGGGUGUGGGCUCUGUGAAUGUCUGUGUCAGCAGCUCUCGAGGUGGAGUCACAUGUGGGGGCCUCACAUAUGGCACAACCCCAGGGCGCCAGAUUGCCUCUGGCCCCUCUGCCACCGGGGGCAGCAUCGCAGUGAUGGCCCCUGACUCCUGCUCUCCUUGCCAGCCACGAUCCUCCAGCUUCAGCUGUGGGAGCAGCCGCUCAGUACGCUUUGCUUAGCGCCAGGACCUUCAACUGAAUAACCUGUCUGCCCAUGAAUGGAGUGAUGUGUGAAUGGAAAAUGUGUGCUUGCUUCUGGAAUAUUCCAGAUGGUCCUGUAGGAGGAAAGAGCUCAGGGCCACUCUCCUCCACCUUCUCCUUUUAGGGAGUUGUUUCUCAGUUCUCCUCUGGCUUCACUUUAGAAGGUUAUUCCCAACCCUUCCCUUAAUUCCAUCCUGUCUUCAAA